AUAUUCGCCGGGAGUCGUUCUCAAGGUUGUACCAAAUUUUCUUUAUACGUGAUUAUUGCACGACAUGAUAGGCUUACCCUCCUUGCAGCCAACGUAAUGUACGGAUGCGCGGAGCCCGGCGUCCAUGUCUCUGUUGGAAUAAACAUACGCUUGAAUCUAUGCGCGCGGCCAUUCUCCGGGGGUGGGCGGGUGAGAUUCCGUGCGUUACCAUUGCCCAUCGCUGUCGAUCGCUCCACGUAACCCCACACCCCUACCCCAACCCGUGGACCCCUCCGGCCUAUCAUAAACGGCGCUAUAGAAAAAAGGGACGUCUCGGCAUUUGUUGAAGCACCCGGGUUGAAAGCUUGGGUUUGCUUAUAGGCGCCCCCUCGGCCGGCAGCGUGCCAUGCGUGUUUGUGCUUUGUAUUACCCUUCCACUUCGAGUGCGCACUGCCCAUCAUGCCGUCGUGGUUUACUGGCAAACAGGCCGACAACAAGGCGGAAGAGGAGGAAAAGAUGGACGCGUCCGCAGCAGAGAAGCAGAUCGAGGCUCAUGGCGAAAUACCGGCUGCAGAAGACAUUGACCCCGUGAUUGAGAAGCGCGUACGGCGGAAACUCGAUACGCAUGUUGUUCCGCUGCUGUCGGUGCUUUAUCUUCUGGCCUUUCUCGACAGGUCGAAUAUUGGGAAUGCGCGCAUCGCUGGCAUGGAAAAGGAUCUCCAUCUCAGUAGCGACGACUAUACGUGGCUCCUGACAAUCUUUUACAUCUCGUACAUUGUCUUUGGCUUCCUCAUCAUCGCGUGGAAAGUCAUACCCCCACACCGCUGGGCCGCCGGUUGUGUCUUUGCAUGGGGUCUCAUAUCGACCGUGCAGGCUGGGGCCAACUCGUGGGCUGGAAUGAUGGUGUUGCGCUUCCUCAUGGGCGUGGCAGAAAUCGCCUUUGGGCCUGGCGUGCUGUUUCUGCUUUCGUUCUUCUAUCUCCGGCACGAGGUCGGUCUCCGAUGCGGAAUGUUUCUAUCGGCCGCACCGCUCGCAAACACCUUUUCGGGUGCGCUGGCGUACGGUAUCACGAGUGGCCAUCCUUCGCUCGCAAAGUGGCGGGUGCUGUUCUUGGUCGAGGGACUCCCGACGAUUGUCAUGGCUUUUGUGACAUAUUUCUUCCUGCCAGACAGUCCAGAGAAGGCGCGGUUUCUCACCGAGGAGGAAAAGGCAGUUGCCAAAGCUCGUGGGGUGGUACAGGUUGGCGCAGCAACUCGUCUUGGAAAGAUUGAAUGGAGGGAGUUGUUGGAAGCGGCAAUGGAUAUCAAAGGGUGGAUUCUCGGCAUCAUGUACUUUUCCGGGAACGUAGCGUUCUCGUCCUUGUCAGUCUUCUUGCCCACGAUUCUUGCCGAGAUGGGCUUCUCAAACGUCAAUGCCCAGGGACUGACGGCACCGCCGUUUUUCGUCUCUUUCAUCACCGUAAUCAUAACGUGCUACAUUGCCGACCGCACCCAACAGCGCGGCCUUAUGAUUGCUGUCCUCACAGCCAUCGGAGGCGCCGGCUACGUGAUGCUGGCCACGACCAAGAGCGUGGCAGCAAGAUACGUCGGCGUCUUCCUGGCUGCUGCGGGCAUCUUCCCAGCGAUUGGCAAUGUGUUGCCGUGGAUCACAAACAACCAAGGAAGUGAUACGCGGAGAGGCACUGGCCUUGCUCUUGCCAAUCUCAUUGGCCAGUGCGGACCGAUCCUGGGGACUCGGCUGUACCCCAAGUCGGAGAAGCCGUACUACGUCAAGGGCCAGUCCAUCUGUGCGGGGUUCAUGUUUCUCUUCUGCCUGCUGGCGCUGGUGCUGAGGACUCUGCUUGUGUGGGAGAACAAGAGGCUGGAUCGAAAGUACGGCACGGU